GUUCACUCCUCUCUCUUCUGCCUUCUCCCUCAUUACAUACACUUUUUCUUACUCCACAAACUUGCGUGAAAAUGGGAUUAAUCACUGGCCUCUUUGCGUUUUUCUUUCACCUGCCACAGAUUUAUAAAUGGCUCUUAAAGCCAUAUUACUUGCUGUCAUUUCUUCUGUCUGUCGCUUUCCUUGCUGUGCGGAAAUGUCCUGGUGUUUGUGAGCACUUACCCUCUCAGAGAGAAGACGGAGACUCCUGCAACUUUGACUGGAGGGAGUUGGAGAUCCUCAUGUUCCUCAGUGCUAUUGUCAUGAUGAAGAACCGUAGAGCGAUAACUCUGGAGCAGCAUAUAGGAAAUAUUUUCCUCUUCAGUAAGGUGGCAAACGUGGUGUUGUUCUUCAGAGUGGACCUGAGAUUUGGCCUUCUGUAUAUCACGAUGUGUGUCGUGUUCCUGAUCACAUGUAAACCUCCUAUCUACAUGGGUCCAGAAUACAUCACCUACUUCAAUGACAAAAACAUAGACGAGGAACUGGAGAGGGACAGUCGAGUAACGUGGCUUGUCGAGUUCUAUGCCAACUGGUCUCCGGAGUGUCAGUGUUUUGCACCUGUUUUUGCUGACCUCUCACUGAAGUAUAACUGUGCUGGACUCAAAUUUGGAAAAAUAGACAUAGGACAAUAUGCAGCUGCUGCUGAGAGGUAUAACAUAAGCCUCUCACCGCUCUCCAAGCAACUGCCCUCUCUGCUGCUGCUGCAGGGCAAUCACGAAUUUAUGCGUCGUCCCCAAGUGGAUAAGAAGGGAAGAGCUGUGAGCUGGAGCUUCACAGAGGAAAAUAUCAUCCGUGAAUUCAACUUGAAUGAAAUACUCGAGAAAUGUAAAAAGCUCGGCAAGGGGCGGAGUGAGAAGAUAGAGGAGCUGAGGUCCCUCCCACGAGAGCAAGCUGAUGGAGAUCAACCGCCGAUGGAGGAGUCAGAGAGCAAAAAAGAGAAAUAAAAGCAGAAUCCUGGGAGAUUGAUGGAAGAAUAGAUCGCCGGACUUGUACCUCUGUAAAGCAAACGUGGUGAGAAAGGUUAUAUCUAAAUGAUUAGUUUUCAUCUGUUGUUUUUGUUGUAGAUAUACCAGCGAGUCUCUAAUGGAUAGCACAAGAAAUUGUGUGUCCUUCUGUGACCAUGCAACUUUGUCUUAUGUGUGUUACAUCUUUAAAGGAGCAGUUUAUUAUUAACUUUUAGAGCCUGUAGCCUCCUGUGAGGUGAAUCUCAAUUGCAAUGAAAUCAUGAAAUGAAACCACCUGCUAAACCUGUUAUACGGCAAAUCCAUUUUUUAUCACCACAGCACUACUGAAAUCUUCAAUCCGAUUGGUCAAAAUGUGUUGGUUAAUUUUCUAUAACAGAAGCUCCAAUAGGUUUAGCAACAGCAAAAAAACAAACAAGCUUAUAAUUGUGUAUAUGGUAACUGUAAGGAGAUAUUUGUUUAAUAUUUAUGGAAGGAGUCUCCAGUGUCAGUGCUUAAUAAUGGAAAGUUUUCCAACACAGGAAAGCUUUCAGGUCAGAGGAGUUUGUGCUUUCUUGUUUCUUCGUUAUCUGUCUUUCACUUAAAGCUUUUGUUUAUUCAAGACAGAGAAAAUUGAUGGAGUUACUUUAUAGCUAACAUAUGACCCCAAUUCCAGAAAAGUUGGGACGCUGUGUUAAAUGUAAAUAAAAUGAAAUGAUUUGUAAA